AAUGAUGCAAAGAUUUCCGACGCAGGCGACCGUGGAGAAUCCACGUUAUGGACAGCUAAUCAUAGGACCUCCUGGUUCUGGGAAAACCACCUAUUGCGGUGAGGCCCUUAAGUUCUAUCGCGAACUGGGCCGUCAGGUGGGCGUUGUGAAUCUGGAUCCAGCCAACGAAAACAUGUCCUACGAACCGGUGCUAAGUGUGAUGGAGCUAAUCACUGUGGAGGAUUGCAUGGAGCACCUGAAGCUGGGACCAAACGGAGCUCUAAUGCACUGCGCUGAGUAUCUGGCCGACCAUUUGGAGGAUUGGCUGUUGCCGGCACUGCGCAAACUAAGCGCCACUUACAACUACUUCCUGUUCGACUGUCCCGGCCAAGUUGAGCUAUAUACCCAUCACAACGCUAUGGCCCGGAUUUUCGAGCGUUUGGAGCGUGAAAGAUAUAGCCUGGUCACCGUUAACCUUAUAGAUUCCCAUUACUGCUCGGAGCCUGCCAAAUUCAUUGCCACUUUGCUGAUGGCAUUGAACACCAUGUUGCGGAUGAGUCUACCCCACGUUAAUGUGCUUUCCAAGGCCGAUCUGCUAAAGAAGCACGAGACCAAGUUACACUUUAACGUGGACUAUUAUACGGACGUCCUGGACCUCAAGUAUCUGCUGGACAAACUGGACGAUGAUCCCGCCAUGCGCAAGUAUCGAAAACUGAAUGCAGCCAUCUGCUCCAUGGUGGAGGACUACGCUCUCGUUUCGUUCCAACUGCUGGACGUCUUCAGCACGGACAGCAUGCUCCGCUUGCGCAAUCACAUCGACAAGGCUAAUGGAUACGUCUACAAGGCAGGUGAGGAGCAGACGGUCAACUCACUACUAGCCUGCGCCGUGGGUGCAGAAACUGAGGCCGCUCGCAUGGAGCAUGAUGUCCAACCCUAUAUGGAAUAAAAGAACUGAAACUAAUCGAAAAUAGCCUGUGAUAUUGUGCAUUGUAUUUCGAAAAUAAGUUAUACAAGUCGAGAGUGAGGGAUUAAGGUACGGAAUGAAAAGCAGUGAUUUUUUGGAUUUAUUAAAAUAUUAUCUCGGCUUGAACUCUUAAACUUUUUUAGUUGUUUUUCUAACCACAUAUUUUUAAGAGGAAAUAAACCUUUAAAGUUGUUUAAAUACAUUGCAAUAAGAAUGGUUGAUAAUCACUUGAGGAUCACCUAAUCGGAAAACACCAAGAGAACUCUACAUUUGAACUUGGAAAAUCCAGACCACCACUAGAUGUCGCUGCAAACGUUAAAACGUAUGAUGUAUGUAAAAUUUUACAGAUGUACAGAAUUGUACGGGUUUGAAUUCAGAAUUAUUAAAUU